UAGUAGAACCUGAAAGCUCUAAACAGACACUUAGCUUAAUUAACUCCUCUAGGAAAAGAAAAGACCUAAAUAUAUAUAUAUAAAACGGAAUUAAACAGAAAGAAAUGUCAGCCAGCAGCCUUCUUGAACAGGUAAAGAGAGGCAAUUUGUAAAAAAUUAUUAGGAACAGUAGGAAAAAGGAAAGAAAAAAGAAAAAAAUCCCCCAAUUCGAGACGUUGCUAGCUUAGCUUAGCCUCACGGCGUAGGCCCUGUGACUGGCGUCAAUACAACACCAAAAAUUAUUUUACUUUUUUAUUUUAUUUUUUCCCUCUCAUAACUCAAACCUUCAUGAAUCACCUGGACCCAAUCCAGAGACCGAAAGGCCAAGGGAACAAAGUGCAAAACGGAGCUGUUACCCAAAAGGAGACUCUAAAUGAUGAUGAGUUUGAACCUUAUCUGAACGCUCAGCCCAGACAGAGCAAUGCCUAUACGGCCAUGUCAGACUCCUAUAUGCCCAGCUACUACAGCCCCUCCAUAGGAUUCACCUACUCGCUGAAUGAAGCGGCGUGGUCUACGGGUGGCGACCCCCCAAUGCCUUACCUGGCCUCUUAUGGACAGCUUAGCAAUGGGGAGCAUCACUUCCUCCCGGAUGCCAUGUUCGGCCAGUCGGGGGCACUGGGGAGCAACCCUUUCCUGGGACAGCACGGUUUCAACUUCUUUCCCAGCGGGAUUGACUUCUCGGCCUGGGGAAACAGCAGCUCUCAGGGACAGUCCACUCAGAGUUACGCCUACGCUCCAAGCUCGCUAGGGGGCGCUGUGAUCGAUGGACAGUCUCCCUUUGCAGCCAACGAGCCGCUGAACAAGGCCGUGGGGAUGAAUAGUUUGGACCAGGGCAUGGCGGGGCUUAAGAUAGGUGCGGCAGGGGGGGAUAUGACUCCUAAAGUCGUUGGUUCCGGACUUCCCGGUGGCCCGCUAAGUCAGGUUUCGGCAGCUCCUAGUAUGCCUGCGGCCUCCAUUGCGCCUGCUAAAGCAGCUUCCUGGGCAGAUAUCGCUAGCAAACCAGCCAAACCGCAACCCAAGCUCAAGACCAAGGGUGCUCUAGGUGGAACAAAUCUUCCACCCCCGCCGAUCAAACACAACAUGGAUAUUGGGACUUGGGAUAAUAAAGGGGCGGUGCCUAAAGCAGCCACUCCUCAGCAAACCGCCAUGCCCACCAAUGGACAGCCGCCCAAUCAGGCGUCUCCUCAGCCUGGCACCACCGCUGGAGGUGUGCCACAGCUUCCAAUGAGCAAUGGACAGCUGGUGCACCCGACUGGUCAAAUUGUGCAGCACCCACAACCUCUAAAUGGCCAGCAAAGCUUGGCUCAGCAUCCUCAACUUUCCCAAGCUCCUCCUCCUCCAGCUCCUCCACAGCAGUCUCAACCAACCCGCUGGGUACCGCCACGUAACCGUGCCAACGGAUUCGGUGACGCAGUGGGCGGGGCCGGGACAGGCCAGUCGCCUCCCAGCGCUGGACUAGGUGGAGUCCCAGUUCAGUCGGAGCCUCACCCGGUUCUGGAGAAGCUUCGACUGGUCAACAACUACAACCCGAAGGACUUUGACUGGAACCCCAAGCAGGGUCGCGUUUUCAUCAUCAAAAGUUACUCUGAGGACGACAUCCACCGCUCCAUCAAGUACAACAUCUGGUGCAGCACGGAGCACGGGAACAAGCGUCUGGACGCGGCGUACCGCUCUCUGGGCGGAAAAGGCCCGCUCUACCUACUUUUCAGCGUCAACGGGAGCGGCCACUUCUGUGGCGUGGCGGAGAUGCGAUCGCCUGUGGACUACAACACCUGCGCCGGCGUGUGGUCGCAGGACAAGUGGAAAGGGCGCUUCGACGUGCGCUGGAUCUUCGUCAAGGACGUUCCCAACAGCCAGCUGCGGCACAUCCGCCUGGAGAACAACGAGAACAAGCCCGUGACCAACUCGCGCGACACACAGGAGGUUCCCCUCGAAAAAGCGCGACAGGUGCUCAAGAUCAUCGCCAGCUACAAGCACACCACCUCCAUCUUUGACGAUUUCUCGCACUACGAGAAGCGCCAGGAGGAGGAGGAGAGUGUGAAAAAGGUGGAGGUGCAGGGGAGCGAUCCGUACUCGAGUAACCCCAGCCGGAGUCACUACAGACUGCAGGAUCGUCAAGGACGUGUCAAGUAAAGAGCUGCUGGUUUGGGCAAAAGACUGACAUGGUCCUGCUCUCCAUACACCCAGAUCUUUUCACUGAUUAUACCGGGGAAAGACUUAACCAAGGAUUCAAAACAAGAAAACAAAAAAAGAAUGGAAAAAAAACUAAAUGAAGACUCUUCUCUUGAUUUCUGUUGACUUAAAAGACUUACUUUGAACUUGUAGUAAAAAAAAAAGAAAGAAACGAUUAUUCAUAGGACUACGACUUAAUAAUUCUAUAGGAUUCUUAGGUGACCAUUUUUCCCUCCUUUUUUUCCAUCCCAUCUGUUUCGCUGCCUCCUUUUUUCUCUGACUUUUUUUGUUCUGUUUAUGGGGUUUUUUUUUCCUUCCAAAUUUUUUAAAAAAAUCUUCUGAUUUUACAGUUCGAGAGCAAGACAUGGCCUCUUCCUCACUAGAGUGAAUUUUUUUUUUGUUUUGUUUUGUUUGUUUUUUUUUGUUUUUUUUGUUUUUUGUUUUAGUUGGAUUCUGUCUGUGCGGCAGUCUGUUUCAUUUCUUUGUUUAAAAACAAAACAAAACCCUCCCCCCUUUUUUUAUUGGAAUUGAAAUAGUCCAGUCAGGAUGCACAGCGGGAGUGGCCUUCUCUGGACAUUGCAUUGUGGGUAAUUCUAUGGUAUUCUGUGCAAAGUGUCAAAGGAAAUAAAGAUGUAUGUCCUAAUCUUUUCUCUCCCUUAAGAAUGGAAAGAAAUAAGAAAACAUGAAUGUUCAGGGUUAUUAUUAUUUUUUUUAUUUGUUUUUGUUUUUUUCCCCCUCCUUGUCACUCAGAGAUGGUCAAGUUUAUGCUGAAACCAGAUUUGUUCAGUUUAGCCGUUUGUCAUUUUUAUGGUGUGCAGAAACGGGAGGAGUCAUCUUGGCUUGUUUUCUGUUUUCCACUUUUUCUUCGACUUUAGAAACAACUAGUCGCUAUGGGCUCUCUUAUGUCAUCCAGUUUUUGUUUUUUCUUCUCCGUUUCUUAAGUCAGCAUCGAGGUGGGCCGCGGACCCUCUCUUUCUAUUACUCAGUUCAUCGAAAUAAAUGUGGUAUACUCAGCAGAACAUGUGUGUGUGCAUUUUCCCCCUUGUUUGACUAAAAUGCUCCCUCGCCGUGCACACUAACCCUCGAUCUCCCCUUCGCCCUCCCUCGUCCCCCUCGCUCCCUUCACUCUGCCGCCUGCGCACUCCACCCACCCGUCCCUUCCUGUAGUAUGUUAAUGUUGGUGCAUUUAAAGGGGUCCUGCAAAAACUUCUUCUGGCAUUGAUCAGUGGCGGAAUAAAAAAAGCUGCUAAAAAGA